AUUGUGAUCAUUACGUCCCGAUAAGAAACAUCCUUCGUAGUUCCCAAAGAGAUCAACAUCCUCUCAUUGACUUUCAGUAGUUUCAAACGCUUUUGGUUCAGUCCGCUUCAGCGGGACGAAUCGCACCGUUGCUAUAACAACCGUAACAAAUAUUUUCAGUAUCAGGGAAAGCGCACGACGUGGCCGAUGCCCGCGGAAAAUUGGAAAAUUUCCCUUUGGCUGGUUGAUCUGGUCUCUGUUUUCACUUUCGACUGAUGUGUACGCUACAGACUUUGUAGUAUAGAGGAGAGCGUAUCAUGUGGUAGUUGCCUCUCUCUGAAAAAAUUUUCGCGCAAUUUUUUGUUUCACACACCUCAACGAUGUGUAUUAACCCAUGAAGCGUGAAUGGAUACGGAAGGUUGAAAUAUUAUUUGUUUAGGGACUAUAUAUAUACAUAAAACUAUAAGACAUGAAGAAUGAGUGAUAAGUCAAAUAACAAUUAUGCAUCAAGCUCUGCUACAACACCCGAAUAUUCAGCGGAGGAAGAAAAAUUUCUGGUGCCUUAUCAAAUAAGUCCCAAAUUUAGAAAGAAAUGGUUUUGUUUAAAAAACACUCCUUUUGGUAUUUUGAUUGUUAGUCUAAUUCAGCUCCUGAUACAUGUCUUUGCAACUGCGAAUCUCCAAAAAGCAUUGAGAUUUGAACCAGACAAACGUAUAGAGUUAUGGAGGUUCUUUACUUAUAUGCUUAUUCAUGAUGGUUGGUACCAUUUCGUGCUUAAUAUAAUAAUACAAUGUAUUUUCGCUGUACUAUUAGAAAAACGUCAAGGACAUAUCAGGGUUCUGAUUCUUUAUUUCCUAGGAGGAUUUACAGGUGUUCUAGGAGCCUCAUGUGUUCAUCCUGAUCUUGUGAUAGGGGCAUCGGCCGGUGUCUAUGCCCUCUUAAUAUCCAAUAUUCCCGAUAUUAUCUUAAAUUAUUCAAGAGUAAAUUAUAAAAUCUACAGACUCGCUGCCUUGGGAGUAUUAGUUCUUUUCGAUAUUAUAUACAACAUUGUUCACAUUUACUCCAAGAAGGAACCAGUUAUAUCAUGGGAAGCACACUGCGUGGGAGGUGUUUCCGGCCUUCUUCUUGGUUUCAUGAUAUACAAAUAUGAUGAUAUGUGCCAAAGUAUAACAAUCAACAGAACUUUAUUUUGGAUAAGUGUGAUAUUUUAUUCAUUUAUGGUAAUUUGUUUCGUGAUAUUAACUAUACAGAUUAAAAAAUGCACCCCUUCGAAUAUAAUUCAUUUUAGAUAUAUAUAUGUUUGUUGACAUGUUUGAUUUUACCAUUAAAGUUUAUUUUGUAUUCUAGCCAUUUGUUGUAAACUUUGGAAUAUAUUCCUAGAUAUUUAAUAGUUUGUAAAUAAUUUGAUAAUAGUUUAAUUGUACAAUUUUUUGUUAUUUGUAUACAUCAUCACCAAAAAUUUAGAAAAAAAAUAUUAAUAAAAAUGCAAAAUUUGUCACUAAUAAAUAUUGAGUAUAGUAUAACUCACCUAUCAUUUAGGGCCAUGACGGCCCUUUUAUUUUGACUUAUUUUCUUGUCGUUUUAGUGAAUAAAAUCUACUCAUAUUUUGAUUAAAUUAUCUCCCCACGACCGCAGAAUAAAAACCCUCAUAAUAUCAAAUAUAACUCGAAAAAUGAGUAUUUUUUUAUUGGGCAUUCGAUAAGACAUUUCUAUCUGUUAAAUUUGGACACAGUUUCUAUACGAACCUCCAAAAUAAUUUACUUCCUCAAUUGCGGGAUAAAAUUAAAACUAUUGUGUAUAUUUUUAAUUCGGCUUUCUUCCAAACAUGAUUUCUAAUGAAUAAAUUUUAUUUAUUUUCUUUUUGUAUAUACCCAUUAAUGUAUACUAAUUAUCAAUGUUUAUAAUUUUUACGUACAUUUUUACUAAAAUUAAAGAAUGCAGCUAACAUUUAUCGAAAAUGUAAUAUUUGUUUACUCUCUGUCUGUCUACUAUUUUUUAUGAAAUUGUAUUCUUCUUGACAAUAAAACAUAGUUUGCUCCUGUCUACUAUAAAAGAAAUGGUACAAUAUGCCUAAGAAAAGAUUCCCAGUACGGUCAAGGAAAUUAUAUAACGUUGUGGCCCUCUAUCACUCAUCAAUGAAGAGGGCGAACACGUUUCUUAGUAAAUCCACAAUUAAUUUUGGAGACGAAGAAAUUAUUCUUUACUCCACGUAGCGAAUGUAAUACUAAUAAGUCCUUAAUCAUAAUUAACCAAUUAAAAGUAAUUCUUUCGAUUAUUGAAUUUGCUAAAAAUAAUAAAGGCAACUUUAUGAAUCAUCAUACAUCAAUUUUCAACAGAACUUUAGUUAUAAUUUACAUUGACCCCGAACGUAAUGUUUGCGAAUAAUAUCUGCAUACGUAGCUGACCCUUUUCUUAUAGUUCCAAAAAAGCAGCUCAUGAAACUUUUAUGUGUGUAUAUAUUCUACGUAUUAAUUUUAGAUUUAUUGUUCCGAAAUUGGUAAUAAACAACAGAAUCAUAAAAUUGUGUGCAUGAAUAGUUUAUUCACCUAGAUAUCAGUCUUCUAAUUAUAACCAACAGUAUAAUAACAUAAAAAGAUUUUUGUAUAAUAAAAACAAUUGAUUUUUGUUUUAUUUGUUCAUUAAAGUUUGUGUCACUUUUUUCUCUGAA